GAACAGGAACCCAAAUGCCCCUUCUACGUUCUCCAGCUAUCAAAGCAAUCUACGGCGCUGAGCCCUGCCACGGUCUUCACGCAGCACUGCGCUCUAGAGCCGACGCCGAAGGCAUAGGUGAGAAGUACCACAUUCUUCCCUGUAGUGUCGCCGCCUCGGAACUCGUCCCCGUUCUCCAGAAACAGGACCUCCUGCCUGCUGGUGCUGCCGCGCUUGACCAGGCGGCCGGUGGUGUCUUCGACACGAUCCUUUGCGUCCGUGUGCUUUGCUCUGUGCCAGAUCUGGAACUGUCUGCUCGGGAACUGUAUGCUUUGCUUAAGCCUGGUGGGAAGAUUCUCGUCGUGGAGCAUGUGGUUAAUCCAUGGCGUACGGCGAAGGGGUCUGUUGUUGCGAGGGCUAUGCAGGCCGUUUAUGGGUUCUUGGGCUGGAGCUGGUAUAUUGGGGAUUGUCGGAUGAAUCGGGAUACGGAGAAGGCGUUGCGGGGCGCGGCGGAAGAGGAUGGAGGAUGGGAGUCUGUGGAGAUUGAGAGGUGGUUUGGGAGGACUUGCAUGCCGUAUAUUGCUGGGGUUUUUGUGAAGAGGGGGUAGGCUGAAUUAUGGUAUAUAUGAUGAUAAAGGUUGUUUGGUAUAGGAAUUAUGUUAUUUCGAUUUGAGAAGACUGUAACACUAUCUUGUUCAAUUAUCUGGAGACAUAGCCCCUUACGUUGUCGUCUUAUGAGGUUAUACAAAGAACCAAAGAUAUUCAAUCGUUUGUUUUGGUGUCUAAGAACACUGUAAACGACUAAUCGGCCCAAUUCAAAAGGUAUAUCAGUGAAACAGUGUCCCCCUUUCGGUUCAUCCACUUCAUCUAUAGAUUCAUUAUUCAACGCCUCCACGAUCAAGC